AUGUGGAGCUUUAUCUCUAGGUUGAGACGUGGCAGCAAGACCGAAUCGGGGCCUGGUCUUCAAGAAGCACUACAAGAAAGCCCUCAGCAACGCCUCUACCGAUAUCGCAAACAACGCGGAGUUAAUCUUGGAUCGUGGUUCGUUUUAGAGCGAUGGGUAUCAGAGUCGCCAUUUCAAGGCGCCGCCGGCAGCGGACAAAGUGAUCUGGACGUUGCCAAGGGUCUACAUGCGAAGCAGGUUCUAGAACAACAUUGGGAUUCUUGGAUCACCUCCACCGAUUUUGAAUGGCUCGCGGCAAGGGGAAUCAACACCGUGCGGAUCCCAAUCGGAUACUAUCAUAUCUGUGCACUGGACCCGUCUAUCCUUACUCGAACUGACUUCGAUGGUCUUCAACAUGUUUUUGAGGGAGCAUGGAGUAGACUUGUUGCCGCGGUGAUCACUGCCCAGAGCUUUGGAAUUGGGGUGCUAUUUGAUCUUCACGCAGCUCCUGGAAAACAGAAUAAAGAUUCACACUCCGGAACGUCAUCCCCCGUAAUAUCGUUUUUCAACGGCAAAUUUAACAUGCAGCUGGCCAUUCGCGCUCUCCGCAUGCUAGUAACACAACUUAUCGCUUUGCGGGCACAUGAUUCCACAUUCAACAAUAUAGUCGGUGUACAGCUUCUCAACGAACCCUACCCCUCUUCACACGAAACACUCUACAAUUGGCUCUUUGCAAGGUACGGGGAUGAACAUCAGGAAAGAGCAUCUUACAUUCGGGCUCAGCUCGACCUGUUCGAGCUGUACUGUGCUGGGUCAUUCUUUUGGACAUACAAAAAAGAGUUUUCUGGAGACCAAGGAUGGUCUUUCCGAGACGCAGUUGAAAAUGGUGUCUUUCCCGAAGUCGUGGGCAUGAUCCCAGUAAAGGAUUAUGUUGGACUCAGUGCCGAAAUAAACGCUAGAAAGGUGUCCGCUAGAAAUGUAGCCUUGGGCCAACAUGUAUCUUACUGGGCCCGUUUUCCUAGUUAUUACGAGCAUUGGCGUUUUGAAGCUGGCUUCGAUCAGGGCUGGGUCGUGGCUUAUGACUUCUUCACCUUCGAUCGCGCGGGCCAGCCUACCGUCUCAGAACUGGGAUUCAAGGGCUGCAUUGCGAAGAGGAAGGCGCAGGACCAUAUUCGUGAAAACGGGCGCAGCAACAACAUUUGGGAGUUCGGUGAGUGUACUAUUCAAGGUGGUUUCCCUUUCUGGGUUUUGCCGCCUCUCGGCCGGCAACACGACAUACCCGCUAUCUCGAUAAGUCUAUCUGUGAAAUCGCAGAUUUAG